AGGUUAAUUACAACAGGACACGACGAUAAUGUUAACCAUACAAUGAUCAUAUCUAAUCCUUUUACUCCGUGGUUUUUAAUGACAUUUUAAUAAUAUGUUCGUGCCUGUGUAAUUAGAAUUUUUUAUUUAUAAAAGUAAUUAAUUAAAAGUUUAAAAACGAACAUCGGAUCUAUCGUUUCUGUUUCCUGGUGUGUUAUCAUGUUUUAUCAAUUUUCAACUUCCUUUCAAAGUUGUAGUUUAACCAAUAAAAUACUUAUCACACUUGUCGGAGUGGGAGAUAAUUGAGUCUGAAUAAAUAAUUUUUAACACAUUUUUAGUCUAAGUGGUGUGUAACUGUCAAGUUGAUCUUAUACACAUACAUACAUUCACACUCAUACGUCUGUUUUACUGACAUAAUACUUUAUUUAAAAAAAGAAAAAUUCCCAAAUUCCAAGUGUACAUUAUCAAUUAUUUUCUAAAAUAGAAACAUACUCAGUGCAACCAAUAAUAUGGAAAAAUUGUCAAAUACUCUCCAGCCAUACAAAAAUUUUGUUGGACAAGCUGCAAGUAUUCUUACAAUAGCUCAGUUUUUUUCUGGUACUUUUAUAUGUAAGGAGAUAUACCAUAAAAAAUCUACAGCUGGUAUUCCUGCUGUUCCUUUCAUUGGAGGUUUGACAAUUGGUAUCUUAAUGCUAAAAUUAGCUCUAUUGAUGGAUGAUCCAGCUAUGCUUCAAGUCAAUAUAGCAGCAAUCAUUUUAAACACAUUAUAUACUGCAUUCUAUUACUUUUAUUCAAAAGAUAGAUACAAUGAGAUUUGGAAACCAUUUAGUGUAGCAAUAGGAAUGAUGGCAGUAUUUUUAGGAUACGCCAGUAUAGAAGAUCCUGCACAAAUUGAAUUCAGAUACAGUUUACUAGUAACGGUUUUAAUGUUGAUGCUUGUUGGAUCUCCUCUUAUGGAUGUGAAAGGAAUCAUAGAAAAGAAGGAUAGUUCCUCUAUACCUUUUCCUUUAACAUUUAUGGGUUCUAUAGUCUCUUUCUUAUGGCUUCUGUAUGGUAUAAUAUUAAUGAAUAUAUUUAUGGUUGUUCAAAAUGUGAUUGGUCUAAUAUUGUGCAUGAUACAGUUAUGGCUGGUAUACAAGUAUCCUGCAAAUCCAGGUCAGGACGAAAAACAAAAAAAGGCAGCUAAAAUCAAUUAAAAAUACUUGAUCCUUAGGACGUUGUUAAUUGUCGUUAUUGUUAUUAAUUUGUUGUUAUCCGUUGUAGGUCGUGAAGAUUAAUUGGUCGAUUACAUAUUUUUUAAUAUCAACCAUGUUGAAGAUUUUCGACAUUUUAUAUAUAUAUAUUUAUGAAGAAGAAAUACAAUUAUCAGUUUUCAUUGGUUUUUUUUUUUCAUUAAACGUCUUAAC